AUGGCUGAAGGCCCUGCUUGCAGCGAAAGACUCCAACUCCAAUCGCGUGGUCUUGACCAGGCAUCCUUGUCAAUCCAGACACCUCCAGGCGACCAACCCGCGCACGGGGCGAUUACCGGACAGUUCCAGAAACACUGCUGCCUGGCGAUGGCGGCGAUUGCUAUGGCCGUGACAGCCGACGAGUGUGACAGACGGGCGGCCUUAGUCGUGGUUCACCUAAGGCCGAGUAUCUUGGCACAGCUGCUGGCUGCAGUCGUGCGGAUUUCUGCGCGAGGCAACACCUUGAGUGUUGCUGUAUUACACACUCUGGCAAAACGACACCAACAAGCCCCACCAAACGCAGCUGAGCUGUGCUUAACUCCGAAGUUUGCAAGCUGCGGCAUGCUCCGAUUCUCGGAGCAGGGCCACUCAGUCAUUCCUAUCACCCUGUUCCGUGGCAGAGCCCGCGGGAAGAAAGCACACUAG